AUGCGAGCCAGAGCGAAGCACCUCGAUCUAUCAGACUGCGAGCCAUGGUCAAUGGGAAUUCACGUCUACAAUGAAGUCGGCGGACACGACUUCCUCCCCUACGAUACCUCGUCACCAUUACCCGAAGAGACAUCCUAUCUCUCCAAGUCCUUCAGCACCCGAGACCACGACCUCCAGCGGAACAUUCAACUAUUGUCAAAUGACGGGCUAUUGGCCUUGCAUCAGUGCCUGUCUCAGGAGCUCGAAAAUGAAAAUCCCAGCGAUGAUAACGCCUCUAACAAUGAGCAUAUCUUCGGCGGCGAAGGCCUGGGUCCGCAAAACCAGCUCUACGGCUCCGAGGAUAUUCAAGACGUUGCCCGGACGAGACUGUGGAGCUUGAGUACUUCCCCUCUCAUCGCCAGCGAGUCCUUCCACGUUAUCUUGAUUUACCUCGACAACAAGGGUGACUCGGUCCUCAAGAAGUCAGUUUGGCCGAUGUGGACAGACUUCGAUUGUUUCAUCCAAACAAUGUCCAAGUUUCAUUCCAAGGUGACGGAUACAAUGGGCAGUAACGUGGAGAAUAUCAAGCGAAAGUACGUCCAGCUGAUCGAUGACUUCAUCAUAUCUAAGCCCGCCCCUCCAAAAGCCGCCGCUGCCAGAACAUACCAGACCUGGUUCAAUAAUCUUGACAUAAUGAAUGAUGCGUGGGCCUACCUUUGGCAGCGCAAAUUCAUCAAGCAGCUGCCCGAAAUACUACAGCUAAUUGGCCGGCCUCUCCCUGAACCUUCAGAAACAGAAUUAACUGCGAACAGCAAGCCUGCGCUGGUAGGAGGCCCCUACGACUUCGACAGCCUCUUGGAAGCUUCCACGGACGAAAACAUGGAGGAGGACGAUUGGCCUCAGCCUGGAGAAUUCGACUGA